AUGCUCUUCUACUCUCCUCCCCGAGGGGCCCGGGGCAGGGCAGCCCCUCCCUCCGGCUCCCUCCCUCGCUCAGCGACGCGCAUCUCAUACCAGCCCUCAUUCCGCACAUUCCGGGCGUCCUCCUUUCAAACUCCAGGCCAGGGGGCGGGCAGGGCCCGAGCUCCCGGCUCCCGCCGCCCGCGGCCGCGUCCCCCAGGUCCAACGGGCGCUCCUCCAAGCGGAGCCUUGGAGGGCAAGGCCGGCACCAUUACCUCCAACGAGUGGAGCCCUCCUAACUCCCCUGAGGGGAGCAACGUCUCUGGGGGCAGUCAGGCGUUGGACAAGCCCAUCGACAAUGACGCGGAGGGAGUGUGGAGCCCUGAUAUCGAGCAGAGCUUCCAGGAGGCCCUGGCCAUCUACCCCCCUUGUGGCCGGCGUAAGAUCAUCCUGUCAGACGAGGGCAAGAUGUACGGUCGGAAUGAGCUGAUUGCCCGCUACAUCAAGCUCCGGACAGGGAAGACCCGCACCAGGAAGCAGGUCUCCAGCCACAUCCAGGUGCUGGCUCGUCGCAAAGCCCGCGAGAUCCAGGCCAAGCUAAAGGACCAGGCAGCUAAGGACAAGGCCCUGCAGAGCAUGGCUCCCAUGUCGCCCGCCCAGGCCAUCUCCGCCACAGCCUUCCACAGUAAAAUGGCCCUCGCCCGGGGCCCAGGCCACCCAGCAGUCUCAGGGUUUUGGCAAGGAGCUUUGCCGGGCCAAGCCGGAACAUCCCACGAUGUGAAACCUUUCUCUCAGCAAACCUACACUGUCCAGCCUUCGCUGCCUCUGCCAGGGUUUGAGUCUCCUGCAGGACCCACCCCGUCGCCCUCAGCGCCCCCGGCACCCCCAUGGCAGGGCCGCAGUGUGGCCAGCUCCAAGCUCUGGAUGUUGGAGUUCUCUGCCUUCCUGGAGCAGCAGCAGGACCCUGAUACGUACAACAAGCACUUGUUCGUGCACAUCGGCCAGUCCAGCCCAAGCUACAGUGACCCCUACCUCGAAGCCGUGGACAUCCGCCAGAUCUAUGACAAAUUCCCGGAGAAAAAGGGGGGACUCAAGGAGCUCUUUGAACGGGGGCCUUCCAAUGCCUUUUUUCUUGUGAAAUUCUGGGCAGACCUCAACACCAACAUCGAGGAUGAAGGCAGCUCCUUCUACGGGGUCUCCAGCCAGUACGAGAGUCUGGAGAACAUGAUAAUCACUUGUUCCACCAAGGUCUGCUCUUUUGGCAAGCAGGUGGUAGAGAAAGUGGAGACAGAGUACGCCCGCUAUGAGAACGGCCACUACUCCUACCGCAUUCAUCGGUCCCCACUCUGCGAGUACAUGAUCAACUUCAUCCACAAGCUGAAGCACCUGCCCGAGAAGUACAUGAUGAACAGCGUGCUAGAGAACUUCACCAUCCUGCAGGUGGUCACCAACAGAGACACGCAGGAGACACUGCUGUGCGUCGCCUAUGUCUUCGAGGUGUCAGCCAGCGAGCACGGGGCUCAGCACCACAUCUACCGGCUGGUGAAGGAAUAAGAGACUCAGGGAGCAGGGAGGGGGGAAGAGACGUGUGCAGGGACGUGGGGAGGGGAUCUGCAGAGGCCCGAAAUGCCAGGAGAGCGGAGAGGUCCCGACUCUUCCUAUCCAGGAACAAACUGUGCCUGAACCUGCAAUGCCCAGCUCCAAAUAAACCCAAGAUGGUGUGUAUUUUCCCAGGA